AACUUUUGUAAGCAAAACAGGAAAGCCGAGGAGGGACUUUUUGUUGUAGAAGGGGUUAAAUGAAACCCAACUCUCCUUUUCCUGUGCAGUAAGGAUUAGUAACCAAACAGAAGCAAGAGAAAAGAGAGGAGGGUGUUAGAUUGAAGCAGAAGCCUGGGGAUUUCGGGAUAUUCAAGUGGAGCCCCAGGGUGGCAUCCCUGCCUCACUUGGCGUUAUCUGCAGGCACAGGACGCAAUGGCAUUUCUGUUCUUCAUGCUGAUGCUAGCAGUGAUGCUUUCUUCCACACCAGCAGUCCGGAAAGUAAAGAGGCAGAGUGAUUUUUGGGGAAGCUGGGGAGAGUGGGGUGAGUGCAGCCGAAGCUGUGGUGGAGGCGUCAGUAUUCGGGUGCGACGUUGCUAUUCACAAAGGACAGAUGGUGGCUCCAGUUGUAUAGGACCAACUCGAAGCUAUCGUUCAUGCAAUAUUCAGAAAUGUCCUGAGGGCGCCAGAGAUUUUCGGGCAGAGCAAUGCUCUGUGUUUGAUGGGACAGACUUCCAGGGAAAGCGAUACAAGUGGCUUCCUUAUUAUGGAGCACCCAACAAAUGUGAACUAAACUGCAUCCCAAAAGGAGAGAACUUCUACUAUAGACACAAAGAAGCUGUGAUUGACGGAACCCCCUGUGAGCCUGGGAAGCAUGAUAUCUGUGUGGAGGGAGUCUGUCAAGCUGUUGGCUGCGAUAACAUGCUGGAUUCUUCCAAGAAGGAAGACAAAUGCCUGCAGUGUGGUGGAGAUGGCAGGGCUUGUUUUGAAGUGAAGGGUCUCUUUGAUGUACCCAACCUCCCUAAAGGCUACAACCAAAUCUUUAUCAUUCCCAUGGGGGCCAUGAGUAUCCAGAUUAAGGAAGCAACACCAACCAGGAACUUCUUGGCCAUCAAGAAUGUGCGAGGCACAUACUACCUAAAUGGACACUGGACAAUUGAAUUCAGCCGGGCCUUACAUAUCGCUAGCACAACCGUACAUUACGACAGGGGGGCGGAGGGUGACCUGGCUCCUGAGCUUCUUCAUGCCAGAGGUCCUACUACCGAACCCUUGGUUAUCGAGCUUAUCAGCCAAGAGCCGAACCAAGGAGUGCAUUAUGAAUACUACCUUCCAUUCCAAAGGCAGAUCGCUGGCUACAGAUGGGGCUUUGGUUCCUGGGGCGAAUGCAGUGCUGAGUGUGGUGGCGGUUAUCAGUCACGUCUGGUGUUUUGCACCAUUGACAAUGAAGAAUAUCCAGGCUACAUGUGCAGAGAUAAACCACAGCCAGAAAAUAACCGCACUUGCAAUCUCCAGCCAUGCCCCCAGACAAAACGGAUGUCUUACCUCUAUCUGCCGGGAGCAUGGAGCCACAGCACAGCAUGGAGCUUGCAAAGGAAGAGUUGGAAAACCGGGGCUUGGGGACCUUGCUCAGCUACCUGUGGUGGAGGCACACAGGCCCGCUCGGUUUAUUGUGUCUCCUACAAUGGACAUGGGUCUCAGGAUGCAGUGGAUGAUGCUGAGUGUGCAUCCUUAACGGAGAAACCCCGCAGCACACAGCCUUGCAAUAUGCGGCAGUGUGCAACAUGGACCACAGGGCCCUGGUCUGAGUGCUCAGCUAGCUGUGGGGAAGGUGUUCAGACCCGGACUGUAAGUUGUAGGGCAGAUCUGGGCUCUCAGAUUCUGGAUGCUGCCUGUUUGACAGAACCCAGACCACUACAUGCUCAGCCCUGCGUUGGAGAGAACUGUAUACAAGAGAUUGGCUGGCAUAUUGGAGACUGGGGGCUGUGCUCCAAGAGCUGUGACUCGGGCAUCCGAACUCGCCAAGUCAUCUGUGCCGAUGGCGACUCCAAAUUCUACAACCACGAAAUGUGCCAGGCCAUCCAGCCACAGAUACCAGCUGUGAUGGGAAGCUGCAACACCCAGCCUUGCCAUUUGCCACAGCAGGUUCCCAGUAUGCAAGACACUACGGGCUACGAUGUCAAUCGUCAGACCUUAUUGACCCGCUAUAACCCUGCCCGUGGCACUACAGUUUCUGAGCAUGAGAGAAUAAACCAAGCUGGCUCUACACAUCACCACCAGCAGUCCAAUGAAGAUCACAACUCCAAUUUCUUGCCCUUUCGAUGGGACUCUCACUCAAGCUCCUCAGUGUCCCGCCGUCACAAUUCCCAUCAAAAUAUUGGGACUGAUGUUCGUGAUUGCAACCAGAGUCCUCAUGGUUGUUGUUCAGAUGGUGACACAGCUGCAGAGGGUCCCUUUGGGCAAGGCUGCCCACUUGAUAGUUGUCAUUUGAGCAGAUAUGGAUGCUGCCCUGAUGGAAUAUCACCUUCUCAGGGUCCAAAUAAAGAAGGGUGUGUGCAAUAUUACAGUGAUGUUUAUGUGAACAGAAAUGAGCCUGCUGUCGCUCCAACGGCCAGCCGAGUUGUGUCCCAGCAGAGGCCGGCGGAGGAGUGCCGAACCUCGAGGUAUGGUUGCUGCCAUGACAACGUUGCCUCUGCUUCGGGGCCUCAAGGGGAAGGAUGCCUCAACCCACCCAGCCAACCUUAUUCUGCCAGUUGUCUGCUACCCAGUGCCCAUGGCCCCUGCGCAGACUGGACAACUCGCUGGUACUUUGUGCAUGAUGUUGGGAAAUGCAAUAGAUUCUGGUAUGGAGGCUGCCAUGGCAAUAAGAACAACUUCCCUUCUGAAGAGGAGUGCAUGAAGACAUGCCAUGGGCCAGUGGAAGGAAGUGACCCGAGGCAUCACCACCACCAUGCGUCAGUUCCCAGAAUUCACUCUGAUUCUCAGCAACCUGCCAGAGAAGCCACUGGUCACAGGCAUCAGGGAGGAGGUGAGGCAGCUUUCCAUGCUGGGGCUCAAGGUGGCUCAGAAACCUCUUCAGGACAACAUCACUCUGAGAGAAGCUGGACAAGGACUAUGAGCAUAGAUGCAGUUCCUGAGUCUCCACAAGGGACUGGAAUGCACUCAGCAAUAGAUGCGGGAAGAAGAAGAGACCCAGCCAACCAUCUGCACGGUUUGGGGGGAACUCUAUCCUCGGGACACUCUGAGAGGCGGAUGACUAUGAAUGGUCAGACAAUCCAUCAUGAACGUGAAAGCUGGAGGAGGGAAUCUGGAGCAGAUGGCUCGGUUGUGAAUGAAUUUGAGCACCAAGCCUCACCAGCCUUGCCGUCCCUAAACAGAGUCCUCUUAGAUGGAUCAUCAUCCACAGCAGAAGCAGGUUUAGGACAAAGCAUUCGUCUCCUCUGCAAGACAGGCAGUUCCCAUUUCUCCAGAGUUGAAUGGCUGAAAGAUGGACGGCCAGUGUCAUCUGACAGGCACACCUACCAGUCGGACAGUUCCUUAGUGAUCAGCCAGCUCAGAGCUGAGGAUGCUGGGCUCUACAUGUGCAUAAUUUCCAAUGGGAGGACAGAACGUCGACAGAUCGAGUUGAGGAUCAAAGAAAUCCCUGGAUCAAGAAGGCCAUGGAGCCAUGGAGGGUUAGAUACAGGAGCUAGUGGUGGACAGCCGCAUAUAUCUUCUGAGCAUUCUCAUGUAACAUACAGGUUAAAAAUGUACAAGAACGACCCUUCGGUGGUUGAUGCCAAUAUUGGAGAACGAGUCAGACUGCCUUGCCGUGUAGAGGCUUCACCUUCUCUAAACAUUGAGUGGCAGAAAGAUGGACAGCCCAUCUCUUCUGCCAGGCACAGGCAGCAGUCGGAUGGGGCCAUGGUCAUCAGUCGUCUUGCAGCAGAAGACGCUGGCUUCUUUACCUGUAUUGCUUCCAAUGGUCGGGACCAGGAUCAGAAAAGAAUCCUGCUCAGACCUAGAGGAGAGCUGAGAAUCACUGGCCUGCAGCCCAGCCUCUCUGUGCCGGAGGGAGGGAAUGCCGAGCUUCGGUGUGUGGUGGCAGGCAGCAAUGUGAACAUAAGAUGGUCAAGGAAUGGGGUUCCAGUGAGAGCGGACAGUCAUCGCAUACAACUGCCUCAGGAUGGAAUCCUGCUCCUAAGCAACGUGCAGAUCAGUGACGAGGGGUCCUACACCUGCAAUGCUUACAGUGGCAGCAAUUCUGUCAGUGCCAGUACAGAUGUGAAAGUGAUCAGGAGGAGAACAGAAGUGCCCGCAGCCCUUCCUGUGGACCCAAGUCGGGAGUGUGUUGACCAACCCCAUCUGGCCAAUUGUGACCUGAUCCUACAGGCCCAACUCUGUAGCAAUGAAUAUUAUUCCAGCUUCUGCUGUGCCAGCUGUGCGCGCUACCGUGGCUGAACCUCUGCCCCUCUUCCAUUUGAUGGUGCUCCAGAAGAAAGAAGCCUAUAAUCCAGAAAUGAUUUCUAUGGAAACUAUCUCCAAUUUGUUUAUUCAAGCACAUACAUGGGGAAGUCAGGAUGCAGUCAGAAAGCAGAUAAGAACAGUUGGCAAAAGCCUUCUGCAACUUUUUUGCAGUACCUGGUUUUUCAAAUCAGCUUUGAUAUGUUCAUUUAAUGAAGCAACAGUUGUUUCUCUCACAAACAAUAUGGACAAGUCAAAAGAAAGAGAAAAAGAUGCCUUAGUCCAUAAACACAUAAAAUAAAGUGAGGGCCUUGCCUUUCCAGAUCUGGACCACAGCUGUGAAAAUUAGCAUACUGACCUUAAAUCUUUUCUGUAUGGGUUAUCUCAAGUAUCCUACAACCACACCAUGAUUUUCAGAUUUCCAAGCAUACAAGAGGAUUUCCUCUACAGCAAAUACAGAAUUUGGGAAGGGUCCUGCACUUUAGAUAUCUUAAGAUGUGUCUAUGAAAUGAAACUUCUAUGUCUCUUCAAUGGCCACCUUACAGAAAAUAAACCCACUAAACAUUGGGGAA